AUGCGGAGCCGGCGGGGGCUGCGGCUCCCGCGCCGCUCGCUGCUCGCUGCGCUCUUCUUCUUCUCGCUAUCCUCAACCUUUCUCUACUUCGUGUAUGUGGCGCCCGGCAUAGUGAAUACCUACCUCUUCAUGAUGCAAGCCCAAGGCAUCCUGAUCCGAGACAACAUGAGAACAAUAGGAGCUCAGGUGUAUGAGCAGGUGGUUCGGAGUGCAUACGCCAGGAGGAAUAGCAGUGUAAAUGACUCAGAUUAUCCUCUUGACUUGAAUCAUAGUGAAACCUUCCUGCAAACCACAACUUUUCUUCCUGAAGACUUUACGUACUUUGCAAACCAUACCUGCCCUGAAAGACUCCCUUCUAUGAAGGGUCCAAUAGAUAUAAAUAUGAGUGAAAUCAGAAUGGAUGACAUCCAUGAAUUCUUCUCUAGAGACCCUGCCAUCAAGCUUGGAGGUCAUUGGAAGCCCAGUGAUUGCGUGCCUCGUUGGAAGGUGGCAAUCCUUAUCCCAUUUCGAAAUCGUUAUGAGCAUCUCCCUGUUCUUUUCCGGCAUCUGAUUCCUAUGCUACAAAGCCAGCGUCUGCAGUUUGCAUUCUAUGUUAUUGAACAAGCUGGUACCCAACCCUUCAAUCGUGCCAUGCUCUUUAAUGUUGGCUUUCGUGAAGCAAUGAGAGACUUGCAUUGGGAUUGUUUGAUUUUUCAUGAUGUGGAUCAUAUACCAGAAAACGACCGUAACUAUUAUGGAUGUGGGCAAAUGCCUAGACAUUUUGCCACCAAGCUGGAUAAGUAUAUGUAUCUGCUUCCUUAUAAUGAGUUUUUUGGUGGAGUGAGCGGCUUAACAGUAGAGCAGUUUCAGAAAAUUAAUGGCUUUCCUAAUGCAUUCUGGGGCUGGGGUGGAGAAGAUGAUGACCUCUGGAACAGAGUACAGAAUGCAGGCUACUCAGUGAGCCGACCAGAAGGUGACACUGGGAAGUAUAAAUCUAUCCCUCACCACCAUCGAGGAGAAGUGCAGUUUUUAGGGAGGUAUGCACUACUGAGGAAAUCAAAGGAAAGACAGGCUCUGGAUGGCCUCAAUAACUUGAACUACUUUGCAAACAUCACAUAUGACGCCUUGUAUAAAAAUAUAACUGUAAACUUGACACCAGAGCUGGCUCAGGUGAAUGAAUAUUAA